AGAAACUGUAAAGGGUCUGACUAUAUAGCGAACUUUGGAAGACGUUAAAAAAAUGAAGAUUAUUUUAAUCUGUACACUCAUCUCUUUGUUAGUUUUAAAUGUUUUGUGUGAAGGUGAAGAAAACAGUGGCUUGACCACCUUCAAUCCAGCAACAGUAAUUGCAGUUCCAGGAUUGUGUGCUCACAUUUCUUGUAACUUCACUCAUCCAAAUGAAGCAAAACCUAUUAAAACCAUUCAGUGGAAAGUGUGUGAUAAAUCAGGUCAAUGUAACAAGGGAAUUUUAAACUGCAAAGAUAAAGCUAAUGAAGAGAAAGAAGAGCAAUCUGACCUGAGCAACAACAACUGCUGCAUCAUCAUCAAAGACAUAAGGGCAGAUGAAAUGCAAAAUGUAUUCAUAAUAGAGGAUCAACAAAAUCAAACAUACAAUUUCACAGUUGAUAUCAGCAUUAAAUACGAGCCAUUACUCUUUGUUCCUGCUCUCAGUGAAGGAGUGGAGGUCAAUCUGACAUGUUUAGCUUAUUUUCCUUGUCCUGAAACUCCUCUUAAAAUAACAUGGUGGAUCAAGACAAGAGAAAAAAAUGUCACCAAUCUAAAUAGCAGCAUCAUUCUGAAGACUUUAAAAAUUAGUAUCUCAUAUCUGCCGUUAAUCCCAAUGUCUGACCUGCAUGAUGCCACUGUAGGAUGUAACGUGAGUUAUGCAAAAGAAACCAUCAGUACCAACAGCACUCUAAAAGUCAAAUCUCAAAUCUUGGCUGAACACAGAUUGAAGGAAGGAGACACUCUCAAUCUGACCUGCACUGUUAAGCAUCACCCACCAGCAUCUUCACAUGAUUCUGUACGGAGUUUCAAUGGAAACACAGACAACCUGGAGAUCCAAACAUCUGCAGGAAAUCUCAAGAUUGUCAAUGUGAGGAAGGAGCAUGCUGGGAUUUAUAUCUGUGAGAGGACAUACAUGAACAAGACUCUGAAUGCAUCCAUUAUGAUUGACAUCACUGUCCAGGCCCAAAUUCUGGGUGAAAACAGACGGAAGAAAGGGGACACUCUCAAUCUGACCUGCAGUAUUAAGAAUCACCCACAAGCAUCAUCUAAUGCUGUAUGCAGUUUCAGUGGAGACACAGAUAUAUUUCCGAACCAAACAUCUGCAGCAAAUCUCAUCAUUAAUAAUGUGACGAAGGAGCAUGCUGGGAUUUAUGUUUGUGAGAUGACAUACAUAAACAAGACUCGGAAUGCAUCCAUCACGAUCUCAAUCACUGAACGUGACAUGGGUACAAAUACUACACUUGCAGAUACGCUGGAGUCCUUAUUGGGCAUCUCAAAUAUCUUCACAUUUGUAGCGGGAAUGGCAUUUUCAGCAUUAAUCUUCUCUGCGAUAUUGUGCUGUUGGGUGUGCUGCCACAGAGGCAAAAAACAAAAAGUGCCGACAGCAAAUCCAGAUGCUGAAAUCAACCUGGAGAUGGUGCAGACAGACGUGGCGCAGACUGGAAUCACUGAGCAAACCCCUCUUCAUGAACAGCCUGACAGAGAAACCCCAGAAUCACCCAUUACACCAACAGAUGGAGCAGAAGAGGAUGAAGCACGAGAGGUGGACUACGCCAGCAUUGAUUACUCCCUCCUGAAGGACAAACCGCCUGAGGAAGCAGAGACAGAGCCUGUGGACACUGACUACGCUGAGAUCAAGAAGGACAGGACAAAAGAAAGGACGGACACUGAAGAUCCUCAGGAUGGAGAUGAGCAGGUGGAAACGUUCGACCAGAAAGAGAUGGGGGUAGAGGAGGAUCUUUAUUCUCAGGUGCCUCAAUGAGAAGAAGCUUAAGGGUUUUUGCUGCGCGUUACAUUUCCAACACAGGCUCAUUGUGGAGACGUAGCCCAUUCUACAUUUCUGGAGACUGCGAAUUAUGUACUCUGUGGUAUGUCUGCUUGCAGUUUUUGUUUGUUAAGAAACCACCAGAAGCUGCAGUGUACAAUUUUUGCCGAUCUCAAAUUCCUUUUGCACAUCCUCUUCUCAUGUAAAUCCACCAGAGGGUGCGAUAAUAAUACACACUUCAGCCAACCAGCUUGCUGUCGACUGACUGACCUGUCCACCCCUGUAAACCCAACCGAUAAUGUUUUUAAAACAUAAUCUAGAAAAAGAAAGGCCAUUGUGGCCAUGUGAUUUGACCUUUUUUCAGUUGUUAUGUUUGAGCCUGUUACUUAUUUUUUUGCUUUUGUUUUACCUGGUUUCUGCAACCGUUUCUCACCGAUCUAAAACCCUGUCAUCACAGCACACUCUGCUCUGCAUCCUAAGUCCAUCGGUGUACAUGGGAAGCUACGUGGCAAACUGGUCACACAGGAAAAGCCAUCCAUACAAAUGAAAAUGUGUUUUACAGAUGUUUUCUCCAGAAAUGUAGAUGGAGGUACAUAUCCACAAUGAGCCUGUGUUGCACAUUUCAGUUUGUUGUUGUUUAAUUUUGAGUUAUGUUUGAGAAGUAUAGUAUGAAUUACUUUGGAUUUUUAUCCUACAAGUGACUAUUAAAAACAACCCAGGCUCAUUUUGAGAACGUAGUCCCGGGGACGUUUCUGGAGACCGCGAAAUACGUAGCCGGGGGUACGUGCGGCUGCAUUUCAUUUUUUUUAAGCGAACGCUGCGGGGCGGUGUGACGCCGUUCCCUUCGGCGCUCGCCGGCCAGCCAGCCGGCCGCUCGCCUCCGUGUGGAGGGCUUUC